AUGGUGGUUCCUGAUCUGCGUAAAGAAUUUGUUGAGGACUAUAUCUGGCCCGCAGUUUUGGCCAAUGCAACAUAUGAAGAUAGAUACUUGCUGGGAACGUCUCUGGCUAGGCCCCUGAUUGCAAAGGCAAUGAUUGAAGUAGCAGUUGCUGAAAAUGCUCACUAUGUUGCUCAUGGGGCCACCGGAAAAGGCAACGAUCAGAUUCGAUUUGAACUUGGGGCUUAUGCCCUCCAUCCUUCCAUUGAGGUCAUAUCCCCCUGGAGGUUGCCAGAGUUCUACAAGAGGUUCCCUGGCCGUAAUGACUUAUUCAAGUAUGCUGAGGAGCAUGGAAUCUCUUUACCUGUGACCCCUAAAACACCCUGGAGUAUGGAUGCUAAUCUAAUGCACAUCAGCUAUGAAUCUGGAGUGCUUGAAGAUCCUGACCAUCAUGCUCCAUCUGGACUUUAUCAGAUGACCACUGAUCCAGAGAAAGCCCCAGACAAAGCAGAGGUCAUUGUUAUUGAGUUCAAGAAAGGGCUUCCUGUAAAGGUGACAAACGAGUCAGAAUCUGUGGUUAAGACAGAAGCCCUGGACAUUUUUACAUACCUCAAUGUCGUUGGGGGCAAACAUGGAGUGGGUAGAGUUGAUCUCGUAGAAAACAGAUUCAUUGGAAUGAAAUCCCGAGGCAUCUAUGAAACUCCAGGAGGUACAAUUCUGCAAGCUGCCCACCUGGACAUUGAAAUCUUUACAAUGGAUAGGGAAAUGAGGAAAAUCAAAAGAAUGCUUGACUUUCAGUUUGGUGAUCAAGUGUAUAAAGGUUUUUGGUUCAGCCCAGAGUGUGAGUACACCAGAUCCUGCAUUGCCAAAAGCCAAGAGCAUGUGGAGGGUGUGGUGACACUGAAGCUGUACAAGGGAGGCGUCUACAUCCUUGGUCGCCGCUCUGAGUUAUCUUUGUAUAACGAGGAAUUGGUCAGCAUGAAUGUACAAGGUGAUUAUGAGCCCUUGGAUGCAGGAGGUUUUAUCAAGAUCAAUGCCCUGAGACUGCGAGAGUAUGCAAGACUUCGCCAGAAACUAGGCCAGUAA